AUGAACGUUUCCGAAACAACCAAGCCCCAAGACGACGUCGACAAGAAGGACACUGCCCCUUUAGACACAACCCAGGAUGCAGUGUUUGGAGAGAUCACGGAGGAUGGACCUAACUAUCGCAACGUGGGCUUUAUAGGCACCGUCAUCCUCAUGAUGAAGACUCAGAUAGGCCUGGGUGUUCUCUCCGUCCCAGCUUCCUUUGAUACCCUUGGAAUCAUCCCAGGAGUGAUCUGUCUUUGUGCUGUCGCCUGCAUCACCACCUGGUCCGGGUAUAUCAUCGGUGUCUUUAAGCUUCACCAUCGCGCCGUGUAUGGCAUUGACGAUGCCGGGGAGUUGAUAUUUGGCCGACUUGGUCGUGGCCUGUUGGCCGUGGCAUUCUGUUUGUAUUGGAUAUUCGUCUCUGGCUCUGGGAUACUGGGCAUCUCCAUCGGGCUGAAUGCAGUGUCUACCCAUGGUGCCUGUACUGCGAUAUAUGCUGUCGUUGCGGCCAUCCUUGGAUUUGCCGGUAGCAGUAUCCAGACUCUUGGGCGAGUGACCUGGCUGGCGUGGAUUGGGCUGCCGUGUAUUCUCACUGCCAUUCUCAUCGUCACCGUUGCUGUCGGUAUUGAAGACCGUCCAGCUGCAGCACCGCAAACCACAUCGCCAUUUGUGUCUGACUAUAAACUCGUCGGCAAUCCAUCCUUCACAGAAGCCAUCACCGCUGUAUCAGCACUCGUCUUUGCCUUUUCAGGCACCCCGGGCUUCUUCUCCAUCGUCUCGGAAAUGCGAGACCCGCGCCAUUACGCCAAAGCCGUUCUCAUCUGCCAGUCUGCCGUCACGGCCAUCUACACGGUCAUUGGCAUUGUGGUCUACUAUUACUGCGGAUCUUACGUUUCCUCCCCAGCGCUUGGCUCAGCAGGCGGAACCGUCAAGAUAAUCUGCUACGGCUUCGCACUACCCGGAUUGAUCGUGACGACAGUCAUCGUGACUCACAUACCAGCAAAAUACAUCUUCAUCCACCUCCUCCACGGCUCCGCCCACCUAACCAACAACACCCCGACGCACUGGAUUGUCUGGCUCAGCUGUACAUUCGGCAUCACCGUGAUCGCGUAUAUCAUCGCCAGCGCGAUUCCCGUUUUCGACGGUCUGGUUUCGCUCAUCGGUGCGCUGCUCGGCACCCUCAUGUGUUUCCAACCCAUGGGCUGCAUGUGGCUAUACGAUAACUGGGGCCGCAGCGACAGAUCCAAACGGUGGGCGUUGAUGGUCUGCUGGAGUGGGUUUGUUAUCGCGUCCGGCUCGUUUCUGAUGGUUGCCGGGACGUAUGGGUCUGUGGUGGGUGUGAUUGACAGUUACAGGGUGUCGGGGGGUUCGGCUGCGUUUUCGUGUGCUGAUAAUUCGAAUUCUGUGUGAAGAAUCUUACGAUGAGGAAGGUCUGAUAUGUAUGCACAAUGUAUUCUUGAUAUCAACAAUAGUACCCAUACCCAUACCCAUAUACACAAGUCGCUACUAAAAUACAAAACACCCCGCUAAUAAUCAAACAUCAUAAUAUCACAGUCGGCAGAAGAGCAUC